AUGGCUCGCCCCAUGGGGUCAGUCCGCUUGAAGAAGGCGAACCCGUUGACUCUGAUCCUCGGAACCGUCCUGUGCAUCUUCAUCAUCGUCUUCCUCGUCGGUCCCUCCAAAUCCUCCAAGCCAGAGCCCGCCGGCACCGCAUCUCAUCACCUCUCGCCGCCCACGGCACCCUACCGAAAGAAGUCCAAAUCCGACACGAGACCGCCGCCCGUCGUCCGCUACAACCUGAACAAUGUCACCAUCACCCCCGACCCAAUUGCCAACCAGGAGGUCGUCCUCAUCCUUACGCCCAUGUCCCGUUUUUACCAGGGGUACUGGGAUAACCUGUUGAACCUCAACUACCCUCAUGAGCUCAUCUCGCUGGGCUUCAUCCUACCCAAGACUAAGGAGGGCAACGCCGCAACUCUCGCGCUGCAGGAGCAGAUCACCAAGACCCAGAGCAUGGACAAGAAGUUCAAGAGCAUCGUCAUCAUGAGGCAGGACUUUGAACCAGCUAUCGCGUCCCAGGACGAGGCGGAGCGUCACAAGAUGGAGAACCAGAGGGCCAGGCGCGCCGUUAUGUCCAAGGCUCGCAACUCGCUCUUGUUCACCACUUUGGGCCCCCAGACCUCUUGGGUUCUGUGGCUCGACGCCGACAUUGUGGAAACGCCGCCAUCCCUCAUCCAGGACCUGGCCGCCCACGACAAGCCUGUCAUCGUGCCCAAUUGCUUCCAACGAUACUACAAUGAGGACUCUAAGAAGAUGGACGAACGCCCGUACGACUUCAACAGCUGGCAGGACAGCGAGAUCGCGCAGAAGAUGGCCGAGACCAUGGGCCGCGACGACAUCCUCCUCGAGGGAUACAAGGACAUGCCGACGUAUCGCGCAUUGAUGGCGUAUCUGGGCACCGACGACAAGGACAAGAACAUGGAGAUCCCCCUCGACGGCGUUGGUGGCACGGCGUUGCUGGUCAAGGCCGACGUACAUCGUGACGGCGCCAUGUUCCCACCCUUCGCAUUUUACCACCUCAUCGAGACCGAGGGCUUUGCCAAGAUGGCGAAGCGCUUGGGUUGGCAACCGUUCGGACUCCCCAACUACAGAGUAAGCAAACGACCCCUGAGACCACGUCGUGCAAUCGGCUCAGCUGCUGACAAUCCAUAG